GGGUCGCGUUCCGCGGUGCCCGAGGCGGCGCUAGCGCCAGGCUCGAGGUCCGCGGCGGAGCGGCGGCCACGUGCGGAUUCCUUGACACAGAUAGAGCUAAGAAGAGAAGGCAUCAUGGCUUCUGAGUCAGAGAGUUUGAAUCCCAGUGCCCGCAUCAUGACCUUCUACCCCACCAUGGAGGAGUUUCGGACCUUCAGCCGCUACAUUGCUUACAUUGAGUCCCAAGGAGCUCAUCGGGCGGGGCUGGCCAAGGUGGUUCCUCCAAAGGAAUGGAAGCCACGGUCAACCUAUGACGACAUCGAUGACUUGGUCAUCCCGGCCCCCAUCCAGCAGGUGGUGACUGGGCAGUCUGGCCUCUUUACCCAAUACAACAUCCAGAAGAAAGCGAUGACUGUUCGGGAGUUUCGAAGGAUAGCCAACAGUGAUAAGUACUGUACCCCACGCUACAAUGAAUUUGAAGAACUUGAGCGAAAAUACUGGAAAAAUCUAACGUUCAACCCCCCCAUCUAUGGUGCUGAUGUGAAUGGGACACUGUAUGAAAAGCAUGUAGACGAGUGGAACAUUGGGCGCUUGAACACCAUCCUGGAUGUGGUGGAGAACGAGAGCGGCAUCACCAUUGAGGGCGUCAACACUCCCUACCUCUACUUUGGCAUGUGGAAAACCUCCUUUGCCUGGCACACAGAGGACAUGGACCUGUAUAGCAUCAACUACCUGCACUUUGGCGAGCCCAAGUCCUGGUACUCCAUUCCCCCAGAGCACGGCAAACGUCUGGAGCGGCUGGCCAAAGGUUUCUUCCCAGGAAGUGCCCAAAGCUGUGAGGCUUUUCUCCGCCAUAAAAUGACCUUGAUUUCCCCUUCAAUCCUGAAGAAGUAUGGCAUCCCUUUUGAUAAGGUGACUCAGGAGGCUGGAGAGUUUAUGAUCACCUUUCCGUAUGGCUACCAUGCUGGCUUCAACCAUGGGUUCAAUUGUGCCGAGUCUACUAACUUUGCCACCCUUCGUUGGAUCGAGUAUGGCAAGCAGUCUGUUCUGUGCUCUUGCCGGAAGGAUAUGGUGAAGAUAUCCAUGGAUGUGUUUGUGCGCAAGUUCCAGCCUGAGCGGUACAAGCUGUGGAAGGCUGGCAAAGAUGCCCCUGUCAUUGACCACACGCUGCCCACCCCAGAGGCAGCAGAGUUCCACAAGGGGGAGCAGCAGGACUGCCCAGAGGAAGCCCUGGACAGCAGUGGGGACCCAGGCAGUGAGGCUGCCCGGAGAAGCCCCACCAGGCAUCGGAUUGGAGCCAAGAGGCACCGGGUGUGUCUUGAGGUGCCUCAGGAGGUGAGUGAGAGCGAGGCUUUUGCCCAGAGAGAACCCUAUGAGAUGGAUGGGGAGCAGACAGCCGUUGUUCCUGGGAAAGCUGUCCCAGACUUGGUGUCACCACUGCGAGCUGAGAACGGCACCCUUCUUUCGCCAGAUUAUCCGGACUGUGCUGAGGUCAGAUUUGAAGAGCUCAAGAAUGUUAAAUUGGAAGAUGAGGACGAGGACGAGGAAGAGGAGGAAGCAGCAGCCUUGGACCUCUCUCUGUCCAGCACUACAAACCAAGCCUCUAAAAAGAGCCGAGCUCGCAGUUCUGAGGCCCGGUCUCAUCGAGCCCGCCAAGCACUGACUGCCCAUAGCUGUGCCCAGGAUGAUGAUUCAGAACAAGAGCUUUCUGAGAAUGAAGAAGAGGAGAGUCAGAAGGCGAAGGGCCGUCGGCAGCCCUUGAGCAAGCUUCCUCGACAUCACCCACUCGUGGCCCAAGACUGUGGCAGUGAUGAUGAGGCUGGUGAGCAGCUGACCCCAGAAGAGGAGGCUGAAGAGACAGAGCCUUGGGCCAAACCCCUGAGUCAGCUCUGGCAGAACCGACCCCUGAACUUCGAGGCUGAAAGGGUGUACAAUGAGAGCAUGGCCCAACAGCCCCCACACUGUGCAGUCUGUAUGAUUUUCCAAACCUACCAACAGGCUGAGGGAGGAGGCCACAACCAGAGUUGGACAGACGCAGACCCAGGGAGACGCAGAACUAAGCCUCUGAUUCCCGAGAUGUGCUUCACUGCGACGGGGUGUAGCACUGACCUCAGCCUUUCUACGCCCUACUUGGAGGAAGAUGGCACUAGCAUCCUGAUCACCUGCAAGAAAUGCUGUGUCUGUGUCCAUGCUAGCUGUUACGGAGUUUCCCCUGAGCAGGCCUCAGACGACUGGAUGUGCUCUAGGUGUUCGGCCAGUGCUCUGGAGGAGGGUUGCUGCCUGUGCUCAUUGCGAGGAGGGGCCCUGCAGAGAGCUAACGACGAUCGGUGGGUGCAUGUAAUGUGUGCCAUUGCCGUCCUGGAAGCCAAGUUUGUCAACAUUGCUGAGCGCAGCCCAGUGGACCUGAGCAGAAUCCCUCUUCUCCGCUUCAAGCUGAAAUGCGUCUUCUGUAAGAAGCGGAGGAAGAGGGUGGCCGGUUGCUGCGUUCAGUGCUCCCAUGGCCGUUGCCCAACCUCUUUCCACGUGAGCUGCGCCCAGGCCGCCGGAGUGAUGAUGCAGCCGGACGACUGGCCCUUUGUGGUCUUCAUCACCUGCUUUCGGCACAAGGUUCCUUCUCAGGCAGAGCGUGCCAAGGGCGCCCUCCAGGACCUCUCUGCAGGCCAGACGGUCAUCAGCAAGCACAAGAAUGGCCGCUUCUACCAGUGCGAGGUGGUCCAGCUCACCACGGAGACCUUCUAUGAGGUCAACUUUGACGACGGCUCCUUCAGCGACAAUCUCUACCCUGAGGACAUUGUGAGUCGUGACUGUCUCCAGUUGGGUCCUCCUGCUGGAGGGGAAGUGGUCCAAGUACGAUGGACAGAUGGACAAGUCUAUGGAGCGACAUUCGUAGCUUCUCAUCCCAUCCAGAUGUACCAGGUAGAGUUUGAAGAUGGCUCCCAGCUCAUGGUGAAGAGAGAUGAUGUUUACACGCUGGAUGAGGAGCUCCCCAAGAGAGUCAAGUCCCGGCUGUCGGUGGCCUCAGACAUGCGCUUCACAGAGAUCUUCACAGAGAAGGACGUCAGACAGGAGAAGAAGCGGCAGCGAGUGAUCAAUUCCCGAUAUCGUGAAGAUUAUAUUGAGCCUGCGCUCUACCGGGCCAUCAUGGAAUAAGGGAGGGGGCACUGCGUGGACCCAGCUUGUGAAGCAGGAGCACUCCAGGGUCCUGAGCCCCCAAACAUCCAUGGAACUCGAAGUAGUAUUUUGGAAACUGAAGUUGUAAAAUCCAAAUGGACUAGCUCUUCCUCCGGUGCCCCGUUCCCUUCCCUGGUCCUUCUGCCACAUGUUGCUGGAGAGAAGGGAGCCUGAGCCCUGAGCCUGGGGCCCUGGACAGUGGUGGUGGGCCUGCGGCUAGCAGGAGCCCCCCUGAAGAGGCCGGGCCCUGCUUGUGGGGAUCGGGAGGUGGUGCUAUCUGCGCCCCCUGCCCCUGUGGGCGUGCGCAAGCACACAUGGGGGAGCGGGAAAGCGUGCCGGCCAAGGGCCGGCUGGCCGGACAGAUGGACGGAGCAAGGAACAGGCAGUAUUACUGGUGCUUGCCUCCCUUUCUCCUUUUUAUAUUUAUAUGUGUGUAUGUUGGGUCUCCACCUGGUGCCUGUCUGGCUGUAGCCUCCAUGCUGGGGGGAGGCCGGAAGGAUCGACCCGAUAAAACAAAAUGUGAAGAGCUACAGCCCUGUUUAGCCAAGCAGGGGCUGAGCUGGGCACAGGCCCCGGAAGCACCCGGAUGGGGGGCUGGGGCCCAGCCCCUGAGGAACCUCCUUACUUGUCUCUGGGCAGUGGGGUAUCAAGGUCCCAACCCUUUCUGGACCUGCUCUGGGGCAGGGGGAUUGGGGACUUGUGGACCAGGCUUCUCGGUACCCUGAAUGGCACAGGGAGGUGGAGAGUGGAGGGUGGGGGGAGGAGUG